CGGAUAUGGCAAGACUACAGGAGAUAGUUCCAACAACGUUCUAGUCUUGGGAUAUAACUUGUCUGCAGGGUUCCGCUAUUCUUUUAUACUCGUUUACUGAAGACAUUACCUGCCCGAAGAGAGCCAAACGUAUCACUACGUAGGGAUAGUAGGACAAGAUGUUGAACGAUGAGGACGAUGAGGUCGAUGAACCCUGUGUAUGUCCCGUUCCAGAAAGAGGUUGCCUUCCAAAGGACAUGUACUGGGCUGCACGUAACGGAGACACGGUCAAGGUUAAAUCGUGGCUGGAAGGAGGAGGCGAUGUCAACGCAGCGGACCACGAAGGAGACACGAUGCUGCGAGGAGCGUGUCGUGGCGGCCAGAACGCUGUGCUUAUGAUACUCCUGAAGAACAAGGACCUGCAUCUGAACGUCAGGGACAGUGACGGACGAACACCCCUAAUGAAAGCUGCCAGACGUGGGCAUGAAACGACAGUCCGUAUCAUGUCCGCUGCGAAGCUGAAGUGCAAGCUGAAUUUCGCAGCGGAAGAUCACAAGGGAAAUACAGCCUUUUCACUAGCUUUGCAGAAUGAAUUUAUAAAAUCAUGUUGCCUUCUGUCACAACAUUGCCAUGGAGCUCUUCCAGCACAAGACACCGCAGCUGUACAUAUGAAGAAGAAGAAGAAGCACCAGGCCAAGAAUCAGGAAAAGAAAGAGAAGAACUCUAGUGAUGCUUUGAAUUUAGGCAGAGUGCGAAUCCAGAGUUCCUCAGGCGACGAAGCAGAAACAGAGACAAUGCUGGCGAGCGCAAGUCCGCCAAUCCAGCCUAUGGAAUCGCGGCCAGUGGCAGUUCAAGAAAAUGUCUACAUCAGAACGUCCGCCCGCCGUGGCCGUGUUUGCAUAUUGAACUAUAAGCAGUUUCCCUCAAGACAAGAUUUGCUUAGAAAAGGAUCAGAACAUGACUUUAUGAACCUUGAAAAAUUGUUCACUGGUCUUGAGUAUGACGUUCAAGGCUACUGGAAUUUGGGUAAAGAUGAAACCUUACAAACGCUUACACAGUUUGCUCAACACGAGCAAUUUAUAUUUGCGGAUUGUGCGAUCAUUAUCAUCAUGAGCCAUGGAGAGAAAGGACCGGUUUUUAAGACCUCUGAUAUGCAAGAUAUAUCGGUUUCUACAGUUUGCAAUAUAUUCCUGGACAAAAAUUGUCCACACCUGAAGGGAAAACCGAAGAUAUUCCUCUUCAAUUUUUGUCGGGGAAUAGAUCGACAUGAGCCAUCAAGCUUAUCAACAGACACCGUUGCUGAGCCACCCCGUGAUAUGUUGUGCGUUUAUUCCACAACAGAAUCCUUUGUCUCUUAUAGAGAUCUUGAAAGAGGGUGCCCGUUUGUCAAUGUUAUGUGCCAUGUCAUUGCUAAAUAUUCCUCUACUCUGGAUUUAGAAGCUUUACUCAGGAAAUUUAAUGAAUUAUAUAUGCCCGAUGUUACACCCGAGAUACAAAACUUUAGAUUUCAAAAGAAGUUUUACUUUUGAAUGAUAAUGAUAACCCAUACUGUAAAAUGAUACUUAUGAAUGAAACUUAAUGGAAUACAGAUAUUUUUUCCUCACAUUUGAUUUCUGUUGUAAAGAUUUAUGAUACUUAUAAUCCUUCGA